AUGCCUUUCUUCAACUAUCCUGUUCGCCGUUUUCGUCGCCGCGAGAGAAAAAAUUUCCCAAAUACGCCUGGAAGUGUAGCAAAUGCGUCCAUGCGCGAUGAACUCGACAGAUUAGUCAACACAAUUCCAUAUCCAACGAGCAAGAAGCUGUUCAUUUCCGAAAUGCAGUCGUUUUUGCACCUCUACUCGAGAUAUUUAGCACAGAAACCUACGGCCGAAAACAUAGAUUGGCAGAAGGUUUCUACCCCGCGUCCUGAACAGAUUGUAUCUUACGAGACGCUACCUGAAGCUGGCGACAACGUUCUUUUGAAAAAGCUCGCUGUCCUGAGAGUCAAUGGCGGACUAGGGUCGACGAUGGGGAUGGUUGGAGCAAAGAGCGCCCUUGAAGUGAAAGAUAACAUGACAUUUCUCGAUCUUGCAGUGCAGCAGAUCAAACAUCUCAACUCUACCGAACAUGUGGAUGUACCUCUUCUCUUGAUGACUUCAUUCAACACUCAGGAGGAUACCAUCCGCAUUGUUAAGAAAUAUGCAAACCAACAUCAAGUGCGAAUAACAACUUUCAAUCAAUCCCGGUAUCCAAAAAUAUACAAUGACACAUUGUUACUGGUACCCAAGAGCGUAGACGAUGACCGGAAAGCCUGGUAUCCUCCCGGACACGGCGAUCUUUAUCUUGCAUUACACCGUUCCGGUGUAUUAGAUCAACUCUUGACAGAAGGAAAAGAAUAUCUUUUUGUCUCAAAUUCUGAUAAUCUCGGCGCUGUUGUUGAUUCAAAGAUAUUACGACAUAUGGUUGAGACUGAAGCCGAAUUUCUUGUUGAAGUGACGAACAGAACAAAAGCCGACGUGAAGGGCGGAACGCUGAUAGAUUAUGACGGAACGCUUCAGUUCCUCGAGAUCGCUCAGGUUCCACUAGGAUGCUUGGAAGAAUUCGAAUCUGUCAAGAAGUUCAAAAGCUUCAGCACCAAUAACGUCUGGGUAAAUCUCAAAGCUCUUAAGCGUGUAAUGGAAACACAGGGGAUGGAGUUGAAUGUCUUCGCCAAACAGAAGGUGACAGAAGACGGCCGCUCAGCAUUACAGCUGGAAACCGCCGUGGGUUCCGCAAUCAAACAUUUCAAGAACUCGCAUGGGAUCAACGUGCCUCGCAGUCGCUUCCUCCCCGUCAAGAACUGCUCGGACCUCUUACUCGUCAAGAGCGAUCUCUAUUCUCCUCAGAAUGGUCGCCUUGUCCUCAGCGAGCAAAGGAUGUUUGGCACUACGCCUGUUAUCAAACUCGGUGACCACUUUAAAAAGAUCCAGCAAUUCCAGAAACGGCUUCGAUAUAUCCCUCGAAUGUUGGAGCUUGACCAUCUCACAGUGACGGGCGACGUGUACUUUGGGCGUAACGUAACCUUGCGGGGAACCGUAAUUAUUGUAGCGGGUGAAGGCCAGAGGCUAGAUAUCCCCGACGGCUGUGUGUUAGAAAAUCGCCUGAUUUCUGGAGGUCUGAUGAUGACGGAACUGUAG